AUGUCGACGGCUUCUAAUCGUUCCAGCGGUAUCAACCGCAAAUUGACCGACCUCCAGAAUGAGGCAAAACACUCGCAUUCUCGGAGUCUGUCGAGCACUCGCAGAAGACUCUUGAGCUCGGCAGAUGCAUACUCGUAUGCGCUUCGAGUCGCCUUCCUCUCCCACUUACUCCAACCACGAGCACGACGCACUCAAACAGUCACGCAAACCCCGACCCAUACUCGCCGUUCAUCAUCUUCCUUUCAAGACCUACUAGGGGACUUUGUUCGUCUCAGAGAUUCAAAGAGCACGAGGUUCCCACAUGGCUUCAUUGCAGAGCUGGAGAAGAGGCUUACGGGCAUACUGAUGGGCAAGGAAAGAAGGAAGGAAUAUCAGGAUCCCGUCGUUAUCCGAUCGUUCGCAGUCUUCCUCAAUGCAUUGAAGGAUCCCUCUUUCAAGCGGCGAAUGGAGCAAGAUCGUCGCGUCGAAGAUCUUGUCCUUAUUUUCUUCUCAAACGCCACAAAGGAACUAGGGAAAGGAAAAGAUCACCAGGAUGAUAGCUGGAGCCUGAUGGUUGACAGACAUGUUGCGCUUUUCGUCCGUCUGAUCUCACUCAUUCUCAAGGAACACGAUUGGGCCAAGGAGAGACCAGAGCUUACCAGCAGGCUGGCAGUUCUAGAGUCAAAACUCCUAGCUCACGACCAAGAUCUUGCCGAGACGAACGGAUCAACCAAAACAGUCGAAACACUUGCACCUGUCAGCUACGAUGUUAAAGAUAUGCCGUUAGUGCAAUUGGUUGCGAGGAUAUUCGGAAUUAGUGCCUUUCAAGCUCAGGAUGAUAUUGACCGCAACAAAAAUGAGUGGACCCCAAAAGCUGCUCUUCAAGAUUUGAAGAAUUAUCAAGCCCAUUUGACCCUUAAGACGGGGAAGACAUUGUCUAGAGAUGACUUUCCAGAUGAUGAGUCUUACGAGAUCUGGAAACGUGGUGAAGGUCCAGACCUGUCGCAGAUGAUGCUAGCAAUUGUACAGUCGAAUCCUGAACUUGCAAAGAGUACGCCAGGUGCUACACUGCCACAAUUCAUAUCGCAGGACUCAGUUAACUCUACCUUCUCUGACCUGUCACCUACAACUUCUAAUAGGUCGAAUCGCAUUUCGUAUAUCAUUGAGCAGCCUAUAGACCUGAGCUCUCUGUCUCUAGUCGACGAGGCAGAUCCUGAUCAUGUCUACACUUUCAUCCCCUCUGAUCCAAGAUCUCUAUAUCGCGCAAUCUUAUCACGCGCUCUGAUGUAUGAUCUUCAAGAUCAGAAACUAGAAGCUACCGAAGCAACUUCUGAUGUCCCAUCUCUAAAACUAUUGUCGAAACAAUCGACGGAAUUGCUCAACGAGAUUUGCUUGCGCUGGCGCAUUCCAGCUUCCUCUCGCGUCGUUCUGUUUUUGGACGUGAUUCGGGAGAAGUUCGUGGAUCAACAGAUCGAUAUUAACACAGUUGAUGCUGCUUUCACUUUCGUAAAGCAGGUGCCAACUCAGGAAGGGAAAAAAAGAAGCAGCGUACUGGCGUCUGUUAUCUUUGAGAGGAAUCGUUGGAUUCUGCCUGAUAUUUCGUUGAUGCGUGACCUCUUAUCUGCGCUACAGGAGGCUCUUUUGCGGGAACUGUAUGAUGUGAUGAUGCAUUGCUACGAUCCAAAGCCUCAUCCUAUCGGUCCAGUUAUGUAUAUUCUGGACAACCACGUUCGACUUGACCCGCAAUUUGAGGACACUCCUGAUAAGUUAGGAGCGUUUUCCAAGUAUGUCGAGGAAGGGCUCACCGAAAAGGCUAAAGAGACCUAUCAGAGACUCCUUGAUGAAGCUAUUCCAGCCGAUCAUAUGCAAUGGGAGGCUUAUAAUGUUGCACAAUUGGGGGACUCUAUCAAAAAGCUAGCGCAAAAAAUCACAAAGCGCUACAAGAAUAAUCCUGUUAUCAUGGGGGUGAAUCCACUGAACAUACUUCUCACCUGUAUACUUCCAAUGUACGCAAACGAUGCUCAUGAGAUUGUUCUUCGGCUGCUAGAGCGGGAAAAGGAACAAGGCAUAGAGAUCCCUGUUCAGGAUGGCUUUGACCUUUACAAAGGACUGUCUGAAGUCAGGCGCCUUCAUAUGAAUGCACUUCCAGAUGUUCCAUUUUCAAUUCCCGUGGAAAAAUUACUCUCCAACUUCGUGUGGCGCUGGAUCCAAGAUACAGACGGCAAAUUCAUGGAGUGGGUUGAACAGGCUGCCAGACAGGAUAAUUUCAGUGUUCGAAGCGAUGAUUCAAAUGAACUUCCUCCUGAUGACAAGCGGCACAGUGUUUCUGCAAUUGAUAUUUUCCGUUCAUUCAACCAGGUUGUCGACGACAUGAAGAAUCUACAGUGGGAGGAUAUUCUUCAAUACGCUAAAUUCAUGACAGCUUUAUCCAAAUCCAUCGGAAGAGCCAUCGCCAGAUACUGCGAGAUACUUGAACAGAAUUUUACUAAAGAGAUGGAUCGCUUGUCUCCGGAUCAGGAAGCUUCUUUGGCUCAAUCAAGACAGGAGAAAUUUAUGCAGAUGGCAAAGGAAGCUUGGGCCAAUAGGGAGAAGAUUGAGCCGUUCCAGUUUCUUCCGGAGUCACUCGUCAAGUUAAAUAACAUUGAAUACGCCAUUGGGCAGCUUGAUAAGUUGGAAAAGGAGAUUAAUGUGGAUGGCUGUGCAGAUGUUAUUGCGAAGAAUACGCCCCCUAUCACACAACAAAAGAUUCGUAAAGCGACCACCUAUGUUUUUACUGUGAAGAUCGUCGAAGGAGAGGACUUGAAGGCCUGUGAUAUUAACGGCUGGAGCGACCCAUAUGUGGUUUUGACGGACGAAUAUCAGAAACGCAUAGCCAAGACUCACAUUGUCUACCGCAAUUUGAAUCCUCGAUGGGAUGAUUCUGUUGAUAUCACCACCAAGGGUGCGCUAAACAUUAUUGCCACUGUCUGGGACUGGGAUGCAGUGGGAGAUCAUGACUAUGUGGGACGAACAUCACUCAAGUUAGAUCCCGCCCAUUUCAGUGAUUUUCUUCCUAGAGAAUUCUGGCUUGAUCUGGAUACUCAAGGGCGUAUCUUGAUACGAGUAAGCAUGGAAGGUGAACGGGAUGAUAUCCAGUUCUAUUUUGGCAAAUGUUUCCGGACAUUGAAGCGGACUGAAAAAGAAAUGACUCGGAAGAUUACAGAAAAGCUCUCUGCCUACAUCAGCCACAGUCUUUCACGCAGGGCACUUAAAGCGAUGCUCAACCGUGGACUUACUAUUUCCAGCUUCCUAAGCCGCAAUCGUACGGGACAUACUUCAACAAUGCCGACGCAAGAGGAGAUUGAAACAGCGCUAGAUCCCCUCUUUACGUAUUUCAAUGACAACUUCGAGAUCAUGAACAAGACACUGACUUCCGAAGCAAUGAAAAUGGUCAUGGCUCGAUUAUGGAAGGAAGUGCUAGUAACCAUUGAGGGCUUACUCGUCCCUCCUCUGUCGGACAAGCCUUCUCACCAAAGACCUCUUACACAGCAAGAGGUCGAUAUCGUCUCCAAGUGGCUAGGUUUACUUUUAACCUUCUUCCAAGUCCCUGAUGAAGAAACUGGCGAAGCGCAUGGUGUUUCGUUGGAUAUUCUAAAAUCACCCAAAUACCACGAUAUCCAGUCACUCAUCUUCUUCUACUUUGAAUCCACCGAUACGCUCAUCCGAACAUCGGAAAGAAUGGCCUCAGCAAACGCUGCACGACAGCAAAUGAACAAAAACAAAAUGCUGACACCAUCUGGGCCUGGCAGCAUCGGUGGACCAGGCGGUAUGCUCGGCGUCCCCGUCCGCCGCGCAAAGAGUGUAAUGUUUGUCCGGAACAUGGGUACGAUGCGAAAAGCCAAGGCCGAGAAGUGGCGAGAAGCGCAAGCUGACCCCAACGACGAUAUGAUUUUGAGGAUAUUGCGUAUGAGACCCGAAGCAGCUGGGUAUUUGCGUGAUCGCAGUCGACAAAAGGAGAGAUUAGCGGCGGCUGCAGCUGCUGAUGCAAUUGUUAAACAGAGUCUGGUGGCUAGUAGCGGAGGACGAAUGGCGGGCACCUUGGGUGGUCGGUGGUAAUAUUUCACUGUCUUUUGUUUUGAUCUUUUCUCCCUUUACCUUACCUUUUUUUCUCGUUGAAUUACUUCAUUUAUGAUGUUGAAGCAAGCAAGCACGUUACUGGCCUUAUACCCAUUCCCAUAGCAGAUGUCAACAAGCACAAUAUACGCUGAUUUCAUGAUUUCC